AUGUAUAGACUUUUAGUUUUAUGUAGCCUUAUAUCGGCCAGUAUCGCUGUAUUUCCACAUCAUCAUCAUCACUUCGCAGUCUCUCACCAGGAACUGGUAAAGCAUAAUGGACCGCACCAUCCAGUACAAAUACACCACCCGGUACCCAUCCAUCACCAUGUCCCCAUCUUACAUCACGUGCCAGUUCAUCACGUACCCCACCAUGAUCACUACUCAUUUCCCGAGUACAAAUUCGCAUAUUCCGUCCACGACCACCACACGGGAGAUGUGAAGUCCCAACACGAACAUCGUCACGGGGACGUUGUCCACGGUGGCUAUCAGCUAGUUGAACCAGAUGGUAGUUUAAGGAAAGUGGAGUACAAAGCUGAUGAUCACACUGGUUUCAACGCCGUUGUGCAUCAUACGUCGCCUCACCACCACAUCCACCUCCAACACCAUAUUUAAUUUACUUAUAAAACAAAUUGCACAUUAAAAGACUGAAGAUUGAUCA